AAUAGAUCAAUUUGAUCGUGCUUUCAUAACCUAAAAUAUUGGGAAUAGAUUUAUAAACAUAUGAAAUAUUAUUUUGGUUAAGGAUUUUUCCAAAUGAUCGAAAUUAAGUGUAAACAUUGUCGUAAAAAUCUGUUUCAAAAUGAAAGUUUUACAUUACUUUCAUCCCAUAACGAAGAUAUAAGUAAUAUUGAACAUACAGAAUGUGGUGGUGAUUUUAUUGAACAUUGUUUAUACAUGUCUAUGGAAAAUUUACCGACAUGGAUACAGAAAAUAAUAGAUCAAACAUCCUGGACGAAAGGAAGAUUAAAUUGCCCAUUUUGCAAUACUCGAUUAGGAUCAUUUAAUUUGGUAAUUGAUACUAAAUGUAAUUGUGGUACAUGCAUAAUGCCCCCUAUUAGAUUAAUUCGUAGCAAAUUAGAUGUAAUAAAUGAUAAUGAUAACAAGUUAACAGUGCUUACAAAGAUGUAUAACAACAUGAAUUUAAAGAUACCUAAUAAUCAAUAGCGAGCAAAAUGCAUGUAAAAAUAGAAAAAGGAUUUAUUAACAUCAUGGUAUUCUUUGAACUAUUGUUGUUAUUUAUAAUUCCUUACAAUAUUUAUAAAGCGGCAUGUUAUUAUCGUCAUGCAUUUUAAAUAAUAAUCUUUUCGAUGUAGCAUUUUAUCUUAUCUUAUUAUGCAGUAGAAUAGGAUUUUCUUUUCUUUUUUUCAACUAUUCUAAUUUUUGUUAUUAUAAUUAAUAUUUAAUCGUUACAUCAAAUGAGGUGAUGCAUUACAAUUCCAAAGCUAACUAAUUGUAAGAUAGGAAGAUUGUAAUAAUAUCAGUAUUCUGCUAUCAUAGCAUUCUGAAGUUCUUUAUAACAGAAAAAUUAUAUACUUGCACUUGCAAGCAUAGAUAUUUUAUAAUUACAUGUACAUAUAUUUAUAUAUAUACAGAAUACUUAUCAACUACAUCGUACAUAAUGAAUAAAUAGAUAUGAUAUUUUCGCAGUCCUUAAAAUUAUAAAUUGCCAUUAAGGAUAUAACUAAAAUAUUUCUAUGCAUUUAAGUGUCACAAAUAUUAAUUUCAUAUCUUGUAAAGAAAACAGACCCCUCCAACCCGUAAAAGAAAAAGUAAUAAAGACAUAUUAAUUUAAUAUUUUAA